UGUUGCGCGCGGCCGCAGUUCAGUGCGUAAAGAGCGCAGAGGCAGCGGAGCAGAAAGAGAGAGAACAAGACACAGCGACUUUCCAGAGUGACCGCAACCGGGAUUAAUGCUUCCUCUCCGCCUGAGCUGAGCCGGACUGCAUCGCUCUCUCCAUGACGCCUGGUUCUUCUGCGUGAUUUUUAUUCGCCAUGAGCUGCUUGGAUGUGAUGUACCAAGUGUUUGGACCUCAGCCUUAUUUCAGCUCCUACAGCCCCUACCACCACCAGAAACUGGCCUUGUACUCGAAAAUGCAGGACCCUCAGGAGAGUGACAGCCGGCUGGGGCCCCCGGGGCCCCCGGCGAUUAAGGAGGAGGACAAGGAGCUGCCGCCAGGUGCCGAAUACCUGAGCUCCCGCUGCGUCAUCUUCACUUACUUCCAGGGCGACAUCAGCACCGUGGUGGACGAGCACUUCAGCCGAGCGCUCAGUCAGUCGACGGCGUAUCCUGCGACGAGCAGCCACAAGAGCGUAAGAGAGGGAUCAUUCCCGAUGAACCAGCGAAGUUUUCCCCCGUCUUUCUGGAACAGUUCGUACCAGCCGUCAGUUUCCUCCGCGCUGGGCAGCGGACUCUCGGCUCCCCAUUCGGAGCUCUCCUUCCCCGGGGACCCAUACUCCUCCGCCUCCCUUCACAGCCACCUCCACCAGCCCAGCCCCGACACCUGGCACCCUUCCCACCACCACCACCAUCACCACCAUCACCACCCAUACUCACUAGGGGGCGCCAUAGGGACCCAGAGUGCGGCGUAUCCCCGCACGGGCGUCCACGAGAUGUACGGUACGGCGUUUGACCCGCGCUACGGCUCACUGUUGGUGCCGUCAGUGAGGCCUCACCACCGGCUGACACCCGGCAGCUCAGUGUCGGGGCCCAAUGUCUCACCCUGUGACCUUGGGGGCAAAGGGGACUCUGGGACGGGGUCAACCUGGAGCGGUGCCUUCACAGGAGCCGGAGCAGAAAUCGGACUCAACAUGGAAACAGGUCUGCAAGCACAGGAUAAGAGCAAGGAUUUGUAUUGGUUUUAGAGACUCGUACUCCCUCACCUUUCUACUCCUACUUCAGCUGUAACCUCUGUCCCCCCCCCGUCCUGCUCUACUCUGUCGCUCUGCUGCUGAUGAACUGACAGAGGAACUGACGGCAGUUUUUUACUUGCAGCUCUGUGUUACGGUGGACUGUGCAGCAGUAGCGGCGGUGGUGGCAGCUGAACGUUGACUAUGUGGGAAAAAAAAAGAAAAGAAGUGGACUCACAGGAGAGGACGGUGAUGGAUGUGGACAGAGACGAGACUCUUUGUCGCUCCUGUAACAGGCACGGACAACAUUCCUAAAGUGGGAAAAGGAAAAAAAAAAAUUACAAAUAAAAGUCAUGGGACAGACAGACAGAGACACAUGUGUUGUCAAAACACCAAAGACAAGCGCUUGAAGGACUUGGCAGGACUCGGCCUCACUGGGGCAACUGGGCUGCAGACACUGGAACUGUGUUAUGGCUGGAGAUGGCGGCCGUGUUGGUGUUGAGGAGGUCGCACAGCGAGACUCUGACAGGACGAGAACAAACAUUCUGGUUUAACACCACCACCAUGUUUUUGACAUGGUCUCAUGUCAAAAACGGUGUUAAUGUUAUGAUUUC